CAAUUGCAUCUGCAAUCCGCAAACUCCGUCCACCCCCACGAAACCACCUCCAACCAUCACAAUGGCAUUCGCGUGGAAAGCCGCCGGUCUCAGCUACAACCGCUACAUUGCCGUCGCAUCGCGCGUCGUACGCCGCUCGCUCAAGGAGGACAAGCGCAUCGCUGCCGAGCGAAGGGGCGAGAGUGAACUCAAGUUCGCCAAGUGGGAGAACGGCAAGCAGGGCGAAGUCAAGGACCUCAACGCGGCGGCGCUCCAGGCACAGGCUGAUGCUGCCAAGUCUUCGUAGAGAAACUCUGGAGGAAACAACAUGGACUCUAUAGAAUGAUGCCGGAUGCGGUGCGAUGCUUGGGGAAGAUAGAUGUAUACUCUGUACUAUCACACGCUGAGCGGGGACAAUUUUUCAGCCAAAGCAUAAUCAAUUGAGCUAGAUUGCCCUCU